GUCAUUCGUUCGUCAUAUUUAUCGCCGCUUGAGGUGUUCCUUUACCCAGCUGGCAGUAAUCUUAUCAUAUCUAGCUAUUUUUACUUCGCGGAUUUAUCCCUUCUGACAAGUUCGAUUGUACCUUCAAUUUAAACAUUCCAUAACAUCGGCUGAUUGUGAAUUUUUAAAUUUUUGGAACAUAAUUGUGCCUUUACUGCGCAUUUUCGCAGGCUUUUUUGCGGUCCAAGAACUGGUUUUCUGUUUUUAAUGCUGAAUUCGUCUUGAUGCCGGGCACUGCCUGUCUUUGUGUUUGUUAAAUUGAUACGGUUCAGUUCAGCAAAAGCUAAAUUUGUACGCGUAGAGUGGCCGUGGCCACAAACAUCGAUUCCAGUGUAUUGCGAGAGGCCAGCAAGUGAAGAUGUUGUCGCGAAGUGUGCUCCAUUUGGCCAGAUUUCAUCCUUCGAAAUCGGUUACAAGUCGCGUGGUGCAUCAUAAUUGGCUCAAAGUAAACAUAAGGUCUGCUAGUUACGACCACGGUUCGAGCUCACGUAGCCAAUCAGAUAAUGCUGGAGAUGGCCAUGCUUUUUCAACUGCCGCCACCGUUAUCGGUGGAUCCUUACUAACCUACCUCAUUGUGAAGAAACUGAAAGAUGACUCGGCAAAAGUGUACGCCAAACAGGUGGUGUCCCCAACAAAAGACAUUCACCAGGCGCACAACGAGCUGCGCAAAGACCUGCCCGUGUACGCGAUGGAAGACAUCCAGAAGCACAACUCGCCAGCCUCCGGUAUUUGGGUGACGUACGGUAUCGGCGUUUACGAUAUCAGCAGUUUUGUGCCAAAACAUCCCGGCAGCGAUAAGGUCAUGCUGGCGGCAGGCAGUGCCAUCGACCCAUUUUGGCACAUUUACCAGCAGCACAACACCAAGGAAGUGCUCACGCUGCUCGAGUCGUUCCGCAUCGGAAACCUGAAGGAGGACGACGUGAUCAGCACCAAGGACCAGGACAACCCGUGGGCUGGGGAACCGAAACGCCACCCGAUCCUUCGGGCUGCCACCGAACGGCCCUUCAACGCAGAGCCCCCACCGUCCAUGCUGGUGGACAGUUUCCUAACGCCGAACGAGCUGUUUUACGUGAGGAACCACCUGCCGGUGCCGGAGGUUGACAUUAAGGAGUACGAACUGGACGUGGAGGUUGAGCUGAAUGGGAAGAGCAAGUCGUUCAAGUAUGAGGACCUGAAGAAGUUCCCGAAGGUCACCGUAACGGCGGCCAUCAUGUGCGGCGGAAAUCGACGCGGCGAAAUGAUGGAGGUCAAGCCGAUCAAGGGUUUGCCGUGGGGACCUGCGGCGGUAGGCAACGCCCAGUGGAGCGGGGUGAGACUGGUGGACGUGCUCAAAGCGAUGGGUGUUGAGUCGGACGAAGUGAGCCACGUGCAGUUUGAGGGUUUGGACACGGAUCCAACCCACACGCCCUACGGGGCGUCAAUUCCCCUGUCGAAAGCGAUGGAUCCGCGCGGCGAUGUGAUCCUGGCGUACGAAAUGAACGGCCAACCGUUGAACCGGGACCACGGCUACCCGGUGAGGGUCAUCGUUCCGGGCGUCGUGGGCUCCCGUAACGUCAAGUGGCUCGGACGCAUUAUAGUCUCCAAGCAGGAGUCCGGCUCGCACUGGCAGCAAAAUGACUACAAAUCGUUCAGCCCAAGCACCGACUGGGACACGGUCGACUUCAAGAGUGCUCCGGCGAUUCAGAACAUGCCGGUCACGUCCGCGAUCUGCAGCCCGGCCAGCGGAGAGAAAGUCAAGGCGGAGAACGGGUUCGUCACCGUUAAGGGGUACGCGUGGUCUGGCGGUGGCCAGGAGGUCAUCCGGGUGGACCUUUCCGUGGACGGUGGAAACAGCUGGGUCGUGGCCGAUUUGGACCAGGUCGAGAAGAAUACCGGCCGAGGACGGCACUGGUCGUGGUCGCUGUGGACGGCGAAGAUUCCGGUGAAGCCGGGGCAGAAGCUGGAGAUUUGGUCCCGAGCGGUGGAUGAUAACUACAACGGGCAGCCGGAGACGUUCAAAAACAUCUGGAACCUGCGGGGAGUUGUUGGUAACGCGUACAGUCGCGUGAAGGUCGAAGUGAAGUGAGAUUUGUUGAAUUGUGAAGUGAUUUAUUAAAUUUUAUUAAUCAUAAAGA